AUUCACAAAAAUAGGAAAUGGAAAAUAGAAACUGAAACUGAAAACAAGAAAAUGUAAAACAAACUAAACGGACCCGAAUCUCUAAUAGAACUUGCAUGUGGUGUUGUUGGGUUAUCAAUACGUGGUUUUUAGUGAGAGUUUGUGCACUGAUAAGUUUGUAUUUGUAGGUAUCAUAGAGACAGAAUCAUGAGAACAAGCGUGGAAGCAGUCAUGCUGGUGGAAGAGCAUAGACACCCCCACCUUCUUUUUCUGAGGUUUCAAGACGGUUCCGCAAGACUACCAGGAGGUCGCUUGAGGCCCGGAGAAAAUGAAAAAGCUUGUCUAAAAAGAAAAUUAUGUAGUCAACUUGGGGUCAGUCCGACAGUUGAUUGGCAGAUUGGGGAUUGCAUGGGUGUUUGGUGGAGACCCAACUUUGAAAGAGAGAUAUACCCUUACUGUCCUCCCCAUAUUACAAAACCUAAGGAGCAAAAAAAAAUUUUUGUUGUUCAGUUGCCCGAACGACAGUGUUUUCAUGUUCCAAGAAAUAUCACACUUGCGGCUGUUCCCCUAUUUGAUAUCCAUGACAAUUCUGCGAAGUAUGGAAGAAUUAUUGCCACAGUGCCAGUAUUGCUAUCCAGAUUCAAAAUCAACAAGGUAUGUAACUGCCCAUGCAAUUUAAGUGAAUUAUGUUUUCCUCUUUCAUUUUCUUUGCUAGAUAAGAUAAAAUUGGUACCAAAUGGUUCUCUCUCUUAAGGUGUUUGUUUUGCAGAUAAUAUGAUGCCACUUACCAUCUAAUUUUGGAGAAGGAACGAAGACUGAACAGAUUUUGUUUUUUUUGUUCUUUUCAUCUCUGCACAGAAAGCAGCAAUAGAUACAAAGAGUCGUAUGUGAACUUUUCUGGAGUUGGUCUGAGCUUUUUUUGGUGUUUUUAUCAUUUUUAGUCACUUUGUAAUCUGCAUAGUAGUAAUUUUUGUGCAUAUUGAGUCCUCACAUUACAGCGAGAGCGCUAAACAAAGUUCAUAACCAUUGUAAUAAUGCACACAUUUCAAGAUGCCUCCGAAGCAGUCUGCUACGAAAUCUUGGAUGGUCGGCAUUGACAAUGCUGUAUGGAAGGAGAAGGGAUAACAGAUGGUAGCCAGUCAUAGUCAGUAAAAGGGCCUGUUAACACCAUGAAACUUUCUCCAGUGCCUACUUCUAUUCAAGAUUUUCUGCUUAAAACAUGGCUAAGUGUCAACAAUCUUCUCUGCUUCAGAUUCGCGAGAGCUUUCCGGAGACGAAGAUCGUUGGUUCAUCACUUCAUCAUCUACACUUAUAGCUGACCAAAUGCAAUAGAAGCCUUAUAUGAGGAGUUGCAGAUC